AUGGCUGCAGCCUCGAAAGUUAAGCUGAAACUUUUGAUUGACACCAAAAAUCAAAGAGUACUAUUUGCUGAAGCUAACAAGAACACGGUUGAUUUCCUUUUCUUUAUCCUUUCUUUGCCGGUGGGUACUGUUGUGAGGCUUCUCAGAAACAAAGGAAUGUUAGGUUGCUUGGGCAAACUAUACGAGAGUGUUGAGAAUCUAGAUGAGAAUUACAUACAGCCCAACCAAAGCAAAGACGCACUUCUCAAGCCAAGACCCCCCGCUUCCUCUGCUGCUUCAAUUCCUCUAUUGUCCCUAACGUGCAGCGAAACGAUUGACAGAGCUACUUACACUUGCUCCAGGGGUUCGGGUUAUUGUAUGGGCAGGCAUUUCACUGAUGAUACUCGUGCUAUUUGCCCCGUAUGCCGUUUCUCUAUGACCACGAAGAUGAGCUAUGUUGCACCCCCAGGAGUAGUGAAAGAACAAUCCGGUGGGGGAGGCGAAGGUGGCGGAUUUGUGAAGGGUUUGGUAACCUACAUGGUUAUGGAUGACUUAGAGGUGAAGCCGUUGUCUAGUGUUUCUAGUAUUGCUCUGCUUGAUAAGUUCAAUGUGAAGGAGGUUGGCGCUUUAGAAGAAAAGGUUGUGAAUCUUGGCUUGAACGAGGCGUUGGACUUGCUCAAGACAUCUUUGGAGUCGAAGAAGGUGCUUACUGAUGUCUUCUUGAUUGGCAAAAGUAACCCAAAAAAGAACACUCGUGGCAGGCACAGAAAGGGACGCCAAAUACUGGUGGCAGAAGUCAUCAUGGGAUCCUCCAAGAUAAGCUUGAAACUUUUGAUCGACACCAAUAACAACAAACUUCUGUUCGCAGAAGCCGGGAAAAACUUCGUAGAUUUCCUUCUUCAUAUCCUCUCCUUGCCAUUGGGUACUGCUACAAGGCUUCUCCGCGAGCAAGAGACCAUUGGUUCCCUGGAAAAUCUGUACCAUAGCAUCGAAAAUCUUGAUGAAGCCUACAUCCAGCCAAACCAAAACAAAGACAUCUUGCUACGUCCAAAACCACCUGCCGGCGCUCUGGUCACUCUCUGGGCGCUCGAGGAUUCGCCGAAACCGGAGACAGCACAGGGCAAAGCAUUUUAUAGGUGCGGCAAUUCUAGUUAUAGUUGUACCAGGCAUGUGACCGAUGACCCUCGAGCUGUUUGCCCCAAUUGCGGGUCCACCAUGGCUUCGGGCGUGAACUAUGUCGUUCCCCCACAAACUUCGGACAGUAAAGAAGGCGGAUUUGUGAAGGGGGCGACGACUUACAUGAUCACGGACGACUUGGAGGUGAAGCCCAUGUCUGCCAUUUCCAGCAUUGCUCUGCUUAACGAGCUUAAUGUCAAGAAUCUAAGCGCCCUCAAAGAAAAGGAAGUGGAUCUUAGCAUGAAUGAGGCCUUGAAGCUGCUUAAGGAAUCUUUGGAGUCUAAGACGGUGCUGACCAGUGUCUUCUUGGAUGUCAAAUCUGAAAUUCCAUGAGAACUGUUUAGUGUUUCACUUUUGGAUAACAAUUUUAUGUUGGAAUCGGUGACUAUUUUGAUCCUUUUUUGCUUAAUUAAGGUACCAAUUCUAAAUGAUUACUUCCACUGGUAUGUAAUUCAUUUCAUCC